CAUUUCCCACUGCCCUAUUCCUAAGUUCUCUUUACAAAGCCCCGCAAAACUAGGGUUCCUUUCAAUUCCCAAAUUUCACACUCCCCCUCAACUUCAAAUUCAAACGUUCACUUUCCAUUUCUUGCUUUCACUCACAAUUCACACUCUCUUUCAAACAAAAAUGACCCAAACAGCACCACCGAACAAUCCUUACCAGCCCAUGCUAACCGAGUCCAUCCAACGUUUCUUAAGCGAAUACCGAAACGGCGUGACCGAUUUCUCCAAUUUCGGCUCCAUCUUCUCCCGAUUGCUUCAAAUCGUGCCUGACCCACCUCUCCAAAUCCUCUGGUUCUACUCCGCACUCACAUUUCACACCUCCAAACUAACCCACCACUCUCCCAUUUCAAAACGCGUCGUUUUGGUCAAAGAACUCUUCCAAUUACUCACUGCUCGUUCCUCACCGUGCGGUCAGUUCAAAAAAAUCGCCACCCUCGCUCCGGUUAUUUACGAGCUGUACCACUUGGCGGUACAGCACGACAAGAAAAUUUCGAGAAAAGAGAUUGAGAAUUUGCUAGAAGGAGUUGUUAGUUACACUAGCAUUUGUUGCGGCGGCGGCGAUUGUGAGGUUGUUGGUGUUAAAGAUGAGGAGGAGAGUUUAACGGUUUCGGGUUUUUUGGACGUGUUGGGUGUGUGGACUGUUGAUAACUGUGGUGAUAGUGAUGAAUUGAGAAUGUUUUUUCCGGUUGUGAGUGAAGAGGUUCGCAAUGGGAUCAGAGUGGGAUGUGGGGUUGGGUACUUGGCUGGGGUUGUUAUGUGUGAGGCCUUUUUGUUGAGGUUGUGUUUGAAGUUUGGGUCGGGGAACUCUAGAUUGGAGCUGGAGAAGGAAUUGCACAAUUGGGCCAUUCAGACGAUAAAUGGGUUUCGGAGCUUUUGGUUUUUUGAUACCCUUCUCAAGAUGCUGUUAGAGCCAGUUUUGCCUGUCACUUCCUUACUGAGUUAUGAAGAUGAAGUUCUUUUAAAAGAAGUUCUUUAUGAUGUUGUCAUAAGAGUGGAAUAUUCAUUCCUUGAACCUUCAAGAGUGAUUCAGUUGGCUGGCAUACACUUGAAAAAUCUUAUUCUGAAGUGGUUGUUUAUAGCUGACACCGCCAUACGGUCUGCUAGGGAAAAAGGUAACCAGGCCAAAGCCUUUUCUUAUAUUAAUGCCUUCUCUGAAUCUUGCUUACCCUGUCAAUUGAUCAAGUGGGUUACUGAUCAGACUGUCACCAGGGGAAAAAUAAGCAAACCAAAUGUUUCCACUCCAGUAGCUCUUCUUGGGUGGCUACUAACUGUUGAAGAGCAAGAGAUUAGAGUAUUUGAUUGUGAGAUAUCUAAAGUCCAGGCCAAAGCAGCAAUUUGCAAGUCAAGGGUAGAGUAUGUUCUUCCAGAACUAAAACCAAAUGGCAAUAGCCUGAAUGAAAGUUCCCUAUUUAGAAUUGCUGAGGAGGUGAGAGGGGAAGAUAAAUUUAAUGGUGAUCUUGAGAUGGUUGAUUCUGUGGACACUGCAUUUUUAGUGGCUAAUGGCAUGAUGAAGACAACAGCCACUGAUGGGACAAGAAAACGCAAAGAAGGGAUAAAGGAUGAAAAGGAACUACAGGUUAAGUUUGUCAAGCAUCACUUUCAUGAGACUUCAGUUAGAGAGAAGUGUUCCCUUAUAGGCAACGAUGAUGGUUUAAGUAGUGGUUUAAGUAGUGGGAGUGAGGUGGAUAAUCCAGUCUCUGAUGAAGAUAUGGAAGAUAUAAGGCAAUGAAUUUUGCUCGAUGCAACAUUAUGUGGAUUUUGGAGGAUUAUCAAGUGGUGAUACGUAAUGUGGACACACCCAUUUGAGUACAAAAGCAUUGAGAAGGAUUUCUUGUUACUGCAAACUAUUUCCUUGCCUAUAAAUAAAGCUUCCAGAUCAGAUCAGAAAAAUUUAGCAACCACGCAUUCAUGUGCUUGAUCUUUACUUUUAAUUCCUGGAGAGAUGUCGAUGAAGUGAAAUACUGGCAUAAUCUCUUUAUCUCAAUAUUGAAAUGGUUGCCAUAAGUACAAAUGAGUCAAAAUGAUCAUGGCUGAGAAGCCAUUUCUGAAUUUUUUUUAACUGUCUAACCUUUGUAUAAGAUAUGCUCCUAUUUAUGAUAGUAUUCUAUGUAGUGUAACAUUUUGACAUUGACUGAUAUUGUAGAUGCAAGUCCUAUUUUCACUAUUUAGGAAUUAUGGUUUUAGACAAAACCAUAACUUUUCAUUAUU